UGGCAGUAGAUAAAUAUUCUAAUGCAGCGAUACUGACUUCAAAAGGGAAAUCCCCCCCCACGCAUAUUUUAAUCAACGAUUCGUUUGGUAACAAUUUAUGAUUACUUUUGCCUUAAUUCAAAAGCAUUGUUCAAAAUGACAUGCAAAGAAAGUGAAGAAAAACAUUUCACUUUUUUAUGGAAAUUAGAAAAUAUCAGCUACUCCUUACAACAGAUAGGAGAAGUAAUAAAAAGUCCAGUAUUUCUGGUGGAUGCAAUAGAACAAACGAAGUGGAGAUUGCAUCUCUUUCCCAGGGGCGAAACAGAAGGAACCUGGCUUGGUUGUAACCUGCAUAGAGAGGCAGACAGUAAAGGUGAGGAUAAAGUAGAGAUUAAGUAUGAACUAGCUUUCAUCGCAAAAGAUGGAUCAGUUCUGAUAUCUUCUGGCGUAUUCAAAGAGGUUUUCCCAAAGGGUAAAUCUGGGUAUUUCUCUAGAUUUGUCAAGAGAGAAGAUGUUUUCGUGUUAAGAAGAUCUGAAUUUUUACCUCAAGACACUAUGACGGUUCGCUGCAGGUUCUGGAAAGUUGUUGGAGAGAUGACAGAAGACAUUCGAUGCACCUCUCGCACUCGAAUUGGAAUUGAGAGGAGAUCUUUCCUGUGGGAUGUGAAAAACUUCAGCAAACUUCAGUCAGAGAAAAAAUUCACUUACCAAAUCAAAUCAAUAGGAAAUGAGGCAUCAUUAAUGUCUGUUGAUCUUCUUUUGAUUGGAGGAUUAAAUUUUGAGGAAAUUAUCCGUUUUGAAUUGUUGCAUUUAAAUCAAACUAUAAAAUUCUCCACUUUAAGAUUGUUUCUUAUCGAUAGUUCUGGAUACAAAGUAGAAUGCAAUCGAGAAGAAAUUUGGUUUGAUGAUCCGGUUCAGUGCAAACAGUUUCGAUUCUUUUUCACAAGGAAGAAACUAUUGGAGAAAGAAAGUAUUUACCUUCCGAAUGACACAUUGUCAUUGCUUUGGGAAUGGACAUUUUCCAAGGGUAUCUUAUUCGAAGAAAUCGAGGAAGUUCAGAAUGGAUGUACUUACCCUGAAAUGAAAAUUUCUUUUGCCCAUAAUGUGAAAGAUGAGAAGACAGCCGAUUUAAAUGUUCUCGUUGAUAAUGUGAAAUCCUUGUAUGAUGAGCACUUUCUAUCCGAUGUCAACCUGAAGACAAAUACCAACGUGUUCCCUGCCCACAAGUUUAUGCUUAGUGCUUUUUCAUCUGUGUUUAAAACCAUGUUUUCGAGCGGUAUGAAGGAACAAAUCAGCAACUGCAUCAAUAUCGAAGACAUGAGCGAUGAAACGAUUCGCCGAAUGCUUUUCUUCGUCUAUACUAAACGUGUGGAAGAACUAACGUGGGAGAGUGCUUCCGAUUUAUAUGCAGCUGCAGAUAAAUAUGCCAUCUUAAGCUUAAAGGAUAUUUGCUCCUCUUACUUGAAGGACAAUCUCUCUCCAAACAACGCAUGUAAAGCCCUGUUGUUGGCUGACUUUCAUGCGGACGGCGGAUUGAAAUCUGCUGUGCAAGAUUACAUAUUGAAACAUGUUAAGGACAUUGUAAACUCUAACGAAUGGAAGAUUUUGAUGGAAACCAAUGCUAAGCUUGCUGCUGAAACCGUGUGUCUCUUCUUUAACUAAAAUUAGAAGGUAUAUGUUUUUAUUGUCCAUAUAAUUUCAGUUUCAUUGAGAUAUGUAAAAGCAAUGAGAUUGAAUAUUGUGAUAUCUAAUAUAUAUUUUUAAAUUAAAUAAAUUUAAAA